AACAAUUCCAUCAUCGAUCAUCAUGGCAAAGCUCACAAUCUUCGCCCUUUUAGCCCUCUUCGCUCUUGCCCACGUGGCAACUGCCUUCAGAACCAUCGUGACCGUGAUAGAGGAGGAGGAAGACUUUAACCCUGCACGGCCACAACAGAGAUGCCAGGAACAGAUCCAGAGACAGCAACAGCUCCGCCACUGCCAGAUGCACCUUAAAGAGAAAUCCCGCAGACAAUCAUCCGUGCUGGAAAUGUCCACAGACAACAACGAUGAUGAUCAGGAGCAAUACCUAGAUCAAUGCUGCCAGCAACUAAGGAACAUCGAUGAGCAAUGCCGCUGCAAGGGACUACAAGAAGCCGUCCGUCAGCAACAACAACAACAGACACGCGGAGGAGAAAGAGGCCAGACUGAGCAGAGGCAGAAGCAGAGGAUUAUCGAGGAGGCAGAGAGACUUCCAUCAAGAUGCGACGUGAGCCCACGAAGCUGCACCUUCGAAAGAAGCCCCAGAUGGUUCUGA